AUUUCCGUUUUUAUCCGUUUCUAAUGUGGUUGUUAGGCCGUAGCAGCGCUAGCAGAAUUAUAAACUUUCAAAAAAUUUUCCGGUCCAUUAGGUGGUAAUUCGUUUUAUGUUUUCAAAUGUUCUUUUUUAUUUUAACUUUUAUAUGAUCUUGAGCCCCGUCUCGCAGAUUUCAGGCUCUGUGAAACUCGCGAGGAGUCGAAAGCCACAUACAGCGGGCCAUUUGUGAACGAGUGCUGUGUGAACUGUGUGUUUACCAUAUUUCGUUUGACCACGUCCAAGUUUAACGCGUUGUUUAUUUUCUCUGGGAAAAUUAUAAUUCCUUUGGAUUUAUUUGUGGGAAACUUCCGAAUUUUGACAUCUUUUGCAUUUGCUAAACUGCAUCAGGAAUCACCGUUGGCCGUUUGCGCGCACUUUCAUUGCAUUCUGCGCGACAUCAUGAGCAGCGCUGCGCUUUCAGCACUUGCUGUGUGAGCCUUUGAUUGACACGGAGCAUGAAAUUCGAUCUUUGUAAAAGGAUAAUCUUUCGUCCUCUGUGAAUCGUUCGCGCAAUGGUGCCUGGCGCGAAAACGGAAAAUUGCAGAUUACCGCGGAUAAUUGGAUGACUAUUGUUAUUAAUAGACUGCAAAAACUCACAGGAGACAUUGUUUCUUGUAUUGCAGCACACAAAAGACCCCGCAUAUCUUUCUUUGUUGAUCAUUAUCGAUUUUUCGCAUAUACCGACCACCGUGCACGGCCUACAUGCUGGAGUGGAAAUGACACAACGGAUGCAUUGCUCCUGCUCCCACCUGCCCGAUAAUUCAUGUGAUUCAUGUGGAUAAUUGCGAAGAUAAAGACGCCAGUAAUCCGACCAUUCUGCCUGUUAGGCCGACCAUCAUGGCACGAACGCGACGAGCCCGUUGCGAGUUGAGUCAAUUGUUGCCGACAUUUGCCGCAUGGUUUCUCAUUAUUACCAUUACAUCACUGUAUCUGGCCUUUCCGGCUUAUCAGUUGGCGGUACAACACAGUGUUCUGAUACCCAUUGUCAGCGCGCUACUGCUUCUUAUCAUCAUGUCCAAUUUAGCUGUGGCGACAUUUAUGGAUCCAGGAUUUCUGCCUAGAGCGGCUCCUGAUGAACCUAUACCGGAAGAGGCACCAGCCACCUACCGGAUGGUUACCAUUAACGAUGUGCAGUUGAAGCUGAAAUACUGUUCGACUUGCAAUUUCUACCGACCUCCUCGUGUAUCGCACUGCAGUACAUGCAACCGCUGUUUGGAAGUUUUUGACCACCACUGUCCAUGGGUGGCCAAUUGUGUUGGCCGGCGGAAUUACCGCUUCUUCUUCAUCUUCCUUAACACCCUGACCAUCCACAUGGUGAUCUGUAUAAGUUUCUGCCUAAUGUACAUUCUCACUCAUUUGGAUGCACUGACAACACCCAAUGUGCUCGUAUCGAUUGGCAUUGCCGUUGUGGUUGGAUUGCUGUUGCUUCCGGUGGGUGGCCUUACCUUCUUCCAUAUCAGUCUAGUCAGCCGCGGCAUGACCACAAAUGAACAGGUUACAGGAAAAUUCCGACACGCGACAAAUCCAUUUGAUGAUGGUUGUUGGGCCAAUUGUUGUCAAGCAUUGUGUGGGCCGUUGUAUCCCAAGUUGCCUGAAUCGUUAAAUGAUUCCCAGUCUCUUCGAGCGUCACUGUUAAAUCAGCAGCUAAAAGGCCAGAAUCUUGGUUUAUUUUCGCCACAAUCUUCGCCUAAACAUAUGGCCAAAUUUGUAAAAACACGAACGAAAGAUAGCAUUGAUGAGCACAGCAGUUUAUCAUCCAUUGACAGCGGUGAGCCGCCUCCGCGCGUCAUCGUCCGCAAUGGCCGUCCCAGUCGUCAGUUGGGCCCGGGUCUGCCUAUGACGACUACAACAGCGGUAAUGGCAUCGCCCAUCUACUCACACAAGAAUCUCCGGACGGUCACUCACGAUCUCCCCUUUCCCGUGGACCGGCAUAUAUCCGCCCAGCAGAGCGUACCUCUCCUUUCCCAGAUGCCUCUCCAUUCCGCUCCGCCGCCCACUAUAACGCGGUCCACCAUUGCCAGCCCGAAAUUCCGUGUUAUCCGCCACUCCGGCUCACCGGAAUACGAUAAUGUCGCCAGUGCACGCGGCGAUACCGCAGCGGAAAAGGCUAAUCGAGACGCGGAUGUUGUGGUAUCCUUUAAGCACGUCAAUGUGAAACGGAAUAACAAUCCACUGCCGAGUGAUAUGGCAGCAGCCGAUACGCAGCAACAUCAACCGGAGGAAGUGCAUAUUACCAUGGAGACGCCGGGAUAUGAGCUGGCGCCCCGGCGCAAAGUGGAAAAUGCACCCUCACACGUGACACCGGCUUCCGGUGCGACUUCUUAUGGAAAUCAGCUGAAGAAGACUAUUGAAAUGCGUAGGAAUUUUUAGUUAUGUGAGUUUGUUUUUUGUUCUUUUUGGAUUUUUUAUGGGGUUUGAAUUGGUCUGUGAUGGGAGUGCCAAGCUGCUGGGGACUGUCAGGGAUUUUAGCUAGUUGUUAUUGCAGCUUUUUAAGGUUUGUAUUUUUCCAUGUGUCAGGUGGUUGACAUUCCGGUCCAAAUUGUUUUUUGUAGUCUAAUGUAGAUGCUGUUUCUUGUUCUUUGCUCGUUUCUAUAGAACUGUUUAGAUUAGAUUGAAUGUAGAUGAUGUGUCAUGUUCUGGUCAAGACGACCCGGUUUGGAAAUCUGAAGAAAUGUGAGGAAUUCAACUUGAAAAGUGAACGUGACAAGCAAA